GGACUGCCAUCCUGCCAGCUUCCUGCUCUCAUCUUUUCUCCCCCAACCCCUUUGCACUGACUCCAUUGAACUGUCCGACACCUGAACCCUGGAGUAAGUCCCAGGCACACGAGAGGGAAAGAGGCCUGGUGACAGGACGUGCUGAGCGAACGUGUCCGGCCGCUUCCAUCCCUGCCCGUGAAGCCCACCGAGGGGGAAGGCCAGUGCUGCUCUGGCUGUAAUCACCCAGUGCUGAGAGACGUGCCUUUCCUGAGGCUCCCUGUUUGGCCAGGUACCGAUGGAGGGUACGGUGCUCCAAUUCUCUUGAGGAUGUUUGGAAAAGUUGGAAGAUCCCAUGGAGGCUGCUGAAUGCGCCAGGAUCUUGCCAGGUAAUAGCAGCCUGUCGGGAAACCAGCAACUGAAUUACCAUUCUCUGGAGCACAACCCCACUAAACCUUCUACGGAAGUGAAAGGUUACCAGAGGAAGACAUGGAAGGCGUUCCUAUGCCACUCGGUCUCCGUGCUCACUCUGGGGCUCCCUCUCGUCAUCUUCCACUGGAAGCCACACCUGGAAGUCUACGCCAAAUGCACUCCCUGCCCCUUGCGCCAGGCAGACUGGGUGCUCAUUCGAGAUCAGCUGGGACGGUGUUUCGCGGCCAGAGUCCAAACAGAGCAGAUCGAAGAUGGCAGCCUCGAAUCCAGAUCAGACGAGGGGAGAAGCGCUAUUGCCGUGGGUGUUUCGGAUGACCAAGCGAGAAGCCAGGACACCAUACAGCUGCACGAGAAGGAAGAGAAAAACAUUCUUCGUUAUUACGCCUUCGAAGGUGUGCACUACCUCUGGGUGGAAAGGCGGCAGGCCUACUGCAAGGCCAGCACGUUGAAUGAAGGCUGGAUGUGUUCCGAUCUCCGUCACUCCUGCGGGGGCCUGAGCGUCGAGGAGCAAUCUGCCAGAAAGGUAAUUUACGGGCCAAACCUGAUUGACGUGCCGGUGAAGUCGUACCUCUGGAUGCUGAUGGAUGAGAGAGAGUGGUGGUGAGUUCCGUGGAUCUCGUGCCAGGAGACGUCCUGGUGGUCUCUCCAGAGGGGAUGCUGGUUCCCUGCGACGCCGCAUUGCUCAACGGCGAGUGUGUGGUCAACGAAAGCCUCCUGACCGGGGAAAGCACGCCAGUCCUGAAGACGCCUUUGCCUCAAGACCCGGAAGAGGCCAACGCCACCUACUCCCCCGAAGAUCACAAACGACACACCCUCUUCUGUGGGACACAAGUCAUCCAGGCUCGAUCCUGCGGUGACGCUGACAUCCUGGCAGUGGUGACCCGCACUGGCUUCUACACAGCCAAAGGGGAUCUCAUCAGCUCCAUCCUUCACCCCAAGCCAGUGAAGCUCAGGUUUCAUAACGAUGCUUGGAAGUUUGUCAGCUUCCUUGCCAUUCUCGCCGUCAUUGGAACCAUCUACAGCAUCAUCAUCUUAAAGAGGAACAAGGUUUCCCGUUGGCUGAUAGCCCUCCGUGCUCUGGACAUUGUGACGGUGGUUGUUCCCCCAGCCUUGCCAGCUGCGAUGACGAUGGGCACCAUGUACGCUCAAACUCGGCUGAAACGCCAGGGCAUUUUCUGUGUCAGUCCCCAACGCAUCGACCUCUGUGGGAAGGUGCGCCUGGUUUGCUUCGACAAGACAGGGACCCUUACCGCUGACGGCAUGGACAUCUGGGGAGUCGUUCCCCAAGCCGGUAGCUCUUUUCUGCCCAUUGUCCAUCAGCUCCGUCAGCUGGCCGACGGGCCCUUGCUCCGCUGUCUGGCCACCUGCCACACCCUCUCUCUGCUUGGAAAUCAGCCUAUAGGUGACCCGCUGGAUCUCCGGAUGCUGGAGUCUACUGGAUGGUCUCUGGUAGAAACCGAAGGGCCAGAGGUGAAGGCCUCCCUGGAACAAGACUUUGGGACCGGAGCUCUGCUUGUCGUGGCUCCCCCGCUGCCGAGAGAGCAGCUGCCCGGCAUGAAGCCCGCCGUCCCCAUGGCUGUCCUCCGUCGCUUCCCGUUUUCUUCAGCCCUGAGGAGGAUGAGCGUUCUGGGGAAGGCUCCCGGCAACAGCCCCGUGGAGGCUUUCAUGAAGGGAGCUCCGGAGACGGUGGCCAGCCUCUGCCAGAAAGCAUCAGUCCCCCAGGACUUUCCCCAGCAGCUGUGCCAGUUCACAAGCAACGGAUUCCGCGUCCUGGCCCUCGCUUAUAAGCCCUCGGUGGCCGUGGGGAGCUUUGAAGAAGCCCAGGAGGUGACCAGAGACUGGGUGGAGACGGACAUGGUCUUCCUUGGGCUCCUAGUCCUCAAGAACGUCCUCAAGCCCGAGACCACGCCAGUCAUCCGUGUGCUGCGUAGUGCCGGGAUCCAAACCGUCAUGGUCACAGGGGACAACAUGCUCACUGCGGUCAACGUGGCGAGGAGUUGCCAAAUGUUGCAGGCCCAGGAGCGUGUGGUGUUCGUGAAUGCAGCGCCCCCCAGCCGUGGCAAGGCAGCUGCCCUUACCUUCACUCCUUCAGAGCAGGCCAAGUUGCAGAUAUUAGUCCAAACCACUAUUUUCGCGCAGAUGUUACCUGACCAGAAAACCCGGUUGGUUGAGCAUUUGCAACAUUUGAACUACUGCGUGGCCAUGUGUGGAGAUGGGGCCAACGACUGUGGGGCUCUGAAGGCAGCCGACGUGGGCAUCUCACUUUCAGAAGCAGAGGCCUCAGCAGCGGCACCGUUCACUUCCCAGAGGGCCAAUAUCGAGUGCAUCCCCAUCACCAUUAGGGAGGGAAGAUGCUCUUUGGUUACCUCCUUUGGCCUCUUCAAAUACAUGGCAUUCUACAGCCUCACGCAAUUUGUUUCCGUGCUCCUGCUGUACACGCUCAACACCAACCUGAGCGACGGGCAGUUCCUGUUCAUCGACCUCAUCAUCACCACUACGAUGGUCGCCCUCAUGGGCAAGACGGGGCCUGCCGAGGACUUGGGCCUCAAGCGCCCACAGGGAGCCCUGCUCAGCCUUGCCGUCCUGGGCAGCCUUUGCCUCCAGAUGGCUCUCAUCGUCGCCGUCCUGGUCAUCAUCUACUUCAUCACCGUCUCUCAGCAAUGGUUCACCCCUCUGAACAGCACUCUGUCAGCCCCUGCAAACCUCCCCAAUUAUGAGAACACCGUUGUCUUCUGCACCUCGGGGUUCCAGUACCUCAUCCUGGCGGUGGUCGUGUCCAAAGGCCGCCCUUUCCGCAAGCCACUUUAUACCAACGUGCCGUUUUUGAUGGCCUUGCUCUUGCUCGCUGGCGUCAUGAUCUGGCUGACCGUCUACCCGCUGACCUUCAUGCAAAAGCUCUUGCAUCUGAAGAGUGCCGGCGACCUGAACUUCAAAGUGAUCUUGCUGGGGAUGGCUGCUCUCCACUUCUUCACGGCUUUUGUACUGGAGGUGGGCCUGGACCACGGCCUGCUGAACGGCUUCCGGAAGCUGCGACCCAAGAAGGCAUCGAAAAAAUUGUACAAGCAGCUGCAGUGGGAGCUUAGCCAGGAGAAGAGUUUGUGGCCACCUCUCCACGCGCCUCUCUUUGCCCCCACCAGAAUCUCCCCAGCCACAAGAUGACGCUUAGCCGGUGACUUUCCGUGUGGAGGGUCUCUGCUGUGGUUCCUUUUUUGGAUCUAGCUCCUUCCUUCCAGCAGCUCUCCCGAGAUCCUCCGGGAUCCUCCUUCGACUGACAAAGGCAACUCUGAGACGCCUCUCCCUUGUGGUGUUUCUCAUUCUCUAAGAACAUCGGCGAAGGGAACGAACUGGCAUUUCUCUCUAAGCCACACAACCGAUAACGGAGCUGCUGUGCUACGGAGAACCCAUCUUCAUCAGCCUCUCAGUCGAAGCCAUGGGAAGCACCAACAUUUCUGACCACUCUUGCAUCUUUCUUGAGCAGCCUUUUUUUACAACCACAUGCUGGGUUAAGAGGAAGCCGGCAGAGACAUAGCAAUAGCACUUAGACUUAUAUGUCGCUUUACAGUGCUUUGACAGCCCUAAGCGGUUUACAGAGUC